AUGCCCAGUACCGGCCAAGGUAACGUGCAAUGGCUGGCUCCAGACUGGUCUUCAUUACGACCAACCGCGGACCCCAGGGCGGCAAUGGUGAUGUGUGAAGUGGUUGGGGAUGCUGCACCGGCUGACUCUCCACCAUCAGGAGAUUGCUGUCCACGGCGGGCUUUGGUGGAUGUCGUGCAACACGCGCAAGAGGCCUGGGGUAUAGACUUCCUGGUGGGAUUUGAGGUGGAGUUUCAUGUUAUGAAAGCCUCAUCCGAAGGGGGGUUUGAGCAAGCCGUAGAGCAGCUGCUUGCUCUGGGGGUAUGCGUUGACGGAAUGCAUACAGAAGGCACCCGCGGCCAAUAUGAGAUCGCAUUGGGGCCCCUGCCGCCGCUGCAGGCAGUCGACCAGCUGACGCUAGUUCACGAUUCCCUCAAGGAAACCUUCUCUAGACAGGGAUACGUGGUUACCAUGUCACCAAAGCCGGUAGUCUCCAACCCACAGGCCACCGGACAACAUAUGCACGUCUCCUUGCAUCCUGCCGACAGUGCUCGGGAGGCGGCUUUCCUGGCUGGAAUCCUCAAGCGGUUGCCACUGUUGUGCGCGUUCAGCCUUCCUCAUAUCAUCUCGUAUGAGCGGAUGGCGCCGUUCAUGGCCGGUGAUACAGUUGGAUGGGGAACAGAAUGUCGGACGGCACCUAUCCGGAAGAUCCGGCCCUGUCAUUGGGAGAUUAGAUGCAUUGAUGCUACGGCCAAUAUGUAUCUGACCCUCGCAGCUAUGCUCGGCGCGGGACUGCUCGGACUAGCCAGUGAAGAGCCCCUUCGCUGGCCAGACCUGGGCGAUAAGACCAUUCAGUCCCGGCCAGAAUCAAAGAAGCUCCCAACAUGCCUCGAGGAGUCCCUCGCCGAACUAUCCGGGCACUCAGAGAACCUUGAUAUGAUGAUCGGUCGUCUCAUUAUACAACAGUACGUCGACUUUAAGCGGUACGAGAUGGUUCAGCUUCGGGGCAUGGACCCAACAGAACUGAGGGAAUUGUUUAUCGAAUUGUUCUGA